GCGCCUGCUGCGCAUGCUCAUUCCUCCCCUCCCCCAGCCCCUGACUCGGCCGUUCGGAGACGCACACUUGCCACCCAGCCCUUUGACUGCAUGUGAGAAAUGGCAAAUGCCGAAGUGAGCGUCCCUGUGGGGGAUGUGGUGGUUGUACCAAGCGAAGGAAAUGAAGGGGAGAACCCGGAAGAUACCAAAACCCAAGUGAUACUACAGCUACAGCCAGUGCAACAGGGUUUGUUUAUCGAUGGACACUUUUACAACAGGAUUUACGAAGAGGGCUCUGAGACCAGUGCCGCUGUGGUGGCUGUAGAAACACAUACCAUACACAAACUAGAAGAAGGGAUUGACCCCAGCACCAUUGAAACCAACGAGGAAAUUGAGAUUGCCUACCCCAUCACCUGUGGGGAAAGCAAAGCCAUUCUCCUCUGGAAGAAGUUUGUCUGUCCAGGAAUUAAUGUCAAGUGCGUCAAGUUUAAUGACCAGUUGAUCAGCCCUAAGCACUUUGUUCACUUGGCUGGCAAGUCUACCCUGAAGGACUGGAAGAGAGCCAUUCGCCUUGGAGGAAUCAUGUUGAGGAAGAUGAUGGACUCUGGGCAAAUCGACUUCUACCAGCACGACAAGGUUUGCACCAACACCUGUCGAAGCACCAAAUUUGAUCUCCUGAUCAGCAGUGCCAGAGCACCAGUGCCAGGGCAACAGACAAGUGUGGUGCAGACGCCCACAUCAGCUGAUGGGAGCAUCACCCAAAUCGCAUUGUCCGAGGAGAGCAUGGAGGAGGGGAUUGAAUGGAACUCUGCUCUGACGGCUGCUGUCACUAUGGCCACUGAGGAGGGCAUCAAGAAGGACACAGAGGAGAUUUCGGAGGACACGCUGAUGUUCUGGAAAGGAAUAGCCGACGUGGGGCUGAUGGAAGAGGUCGUCUGCAACAUCCAGAAAGAGAUAGAAGAGGUGCUGAAAGGUGUCCAGCAGAGGCUCGGCCAGUCUCCCUUCCAGAUCACAGAUGCCGCAGUCCUGAAUAAUGUGGCCCACACUUUUGGCCUGAUGGACACAGUCAAGAAAGUUUUGGACAACAGGAAAAGCCAAACAGAGCAGGGAGAAGAGCAGUUUCUUUAUACUUUAGCAGACCUGGAACGCCAGCUGGAGGAGCAGAAGAAGCUCGCCAGGGAUCAGAAGAUGAAGUCUCAGACGAUCCAGAACGUGGUGCUGAUGCCAGUCAGUGCUCCGAAACCCCCUAAGAGACCUCGUCUGCAGCGCCCGGCCUCAGCCACAGUCUUGAGUCCCUCCACCCCUGUCCAGCAGCCUCAGUUCACAGUCAUCUCACCCAUUGCCAUCGCACCUAUGGGACAGCAAUUCUCAGUGGGCAACAUUCCAGUGGCAACCAUCAGCCAGGGAUCCAGCCCAGUGACUCUCCACACCUUGCCAUCCUCACAGCUCUUCCGAUAUGCCACCGUGGUGUCUUCCUCCAAGUCCAGUUCAUCUGACACUGUAACCCUUCAUCCGUCCUCGAGCUUGGCCCUGCUGAGCUCAGCUGCUAUGCAGGACAGCGGUGGGCUGGCUAACGUGGCCACGGUGGUGAACCCUGUGGAACUGGUGGCCAUGGAGUCUGGCCUGACCUCUACCAUCCAAGCUGUAGAGGGCACCUCAGAAGAUGGACAGACCAUCAUAGAGAUAGACCCGGCACCAGAUCCUGAAGCAGAGACUGAGGAAUCAGAGGGCAAAGCUGUGAUUUUGGAAACUGAGCUGAGGACAGAGGAGAAAGUGAUGGCAGAUGUUGAGGACCAUCAGCACCAGGUGCACAAUGUAGAGAUCGUUGUCUUGGAGGAUUAG